UUCCCCGAUCCAUUCCCUCGCCCGAGUCAAAUCCCCUGCCCCCCUCCCUGUGCGGUGCGCCUGUGCCCCUCCGCGGCGAGCCCCAUGGAUCCUGCCGCCGCCAAGCGUCGGGAGGCGGAGCGGUUUAUGGGCAUCGCCGAGAAGCUCCUGACGGCGCGCGACCUCGAGGGAUGCAAGCAGUUCGUCGCGCAAGCCCUCUCCUUCGACCCCCGCACCCCGGGCGCCGACGACCUCCUCGCCGCCGCCGAUGCCCUCCUCGCCGACAAGCGUCGGCGCCUCCCGUCCGGGGCCCUAGAUCCCUACGCCGUCCUUGGCCUCGACUCCGCCGUGCCGGCCUCCCGCGAGCCCGACGUCGUCCAUUCCCAAUACCGCCGCCUCUCCUUCCUGCUCAACCGCUCCCACCCCGACCGUCCCUGCUCGCUCGCCUUCGCCGACGCCGCCCGCCUCGUCGCCGACGCGUGGGCCUUCCUGUCGGAUCCCCUCCGCAAAGCCUCCCUCGACUCCGACCUCGACGCUGCCGCCGCUGCAACUAACGCAGCUGCAGCCGCCAAAGCCGCUGCCGCCGCCGCAGCUCGUGUGCCCACCGCUCCCCAUCCAGAGAAGCAGCAUCAGCAGCAGCUGUCGCCGCCGCCGCCGCCUGCUCUGCAGCCACCGCAGACUGUGUCGGGCACGCCACCAAAGCGAGGGCGACCGCUGCGGGCUGCCAAAACGCCGGCGACGCCGCCUGUUCCGCAGCCACCGCAGACCGUGUCGGCCACGCCGCCAGCUCAACAACCACCGCAGACCAUGUCGAGCACGCAGCCACCAAAGCGUGGCCGGCCACCGCGGGCUGCCAAAACGCCGCCUGAGACUGAAGGAAACCAGGAGGGGGAAGCUCUACAGGCGCCAGCGUUCUGGACGGUUUGUCCCUCCUGCUGCCGCUUACACCAGUAUGACCGCUCCUACGAGUCGCAAACGCUGCUCUGUCCCAGCUGCCGCCGGCCGUUUGUUGCCACGGCAAUGUCCACGCCACCACCCAUCGUGCCAGGCACAGACAUGUACUACUGCUCCUGGGGGUUCUUCCCAAUGGGAUUCCCUGGUGGCCCUGCAUUCGCUGCACCGCUCAAUUCACCGCAGCACCAGGCGCCUGAUGCCCUAGGAUUUUAUCCAAUGGGGCCAUACUUGCCAUUGCCAGGCCCAAGCGGCAUUGUGGAAGUGGAAGGCAAUAAGGCAGUUGAUGCUGGCACUGUCAUUCCUGUCACUCCAACAGUGGCAGUCGCAUCGCCAUCGCCAGCGCCAGCGCCAGCACCAGCACCAUCGCCAGUGCUGACAGCGGCAACACCAGUGAAGUCAUCACAUGUGAAGGUUGGGGCAAAGAAGCGAGGGCGGCCUAAAGGCAGCAAGAACAAGAAAGUGGUGAUUGAGAUAAAUUAGGGCUAUGGAAUGGCGCAUGUGAAGGUUGGGGCAAAGAAGCGAGGGCGGCCUGUUGGCAGCAAGAACAAGAAAGUGGUGAUAAGAUCGAUUAGGGCUAUGGCAUGCCGAUCGCUGCACCAUUUGACAUCUGCAUCUGUUGUAAACUACAUUGUGUAUGUGUUGGGAAGUUUUCUUGCUUGCAGAUGACAUGAGCCUUGUAAGAUGGUUGAGCGUUGGUGCUUCACCUCGAUAAGUUGGUCGAGAAUCAGAGCUUCACCAUUCAUGAAAUUUUGGUGACUAGGUUUUCCUCCUUACUUUCAUUGCAAAGUUUACCGUAAUGGUCAGUUCAGGUGAUCAGUUUUAGCUUUUGUUCGUAUCAUCCCAUUAGAUGGGUGAGAUGUUUCAUGCUGUAGGGUGGCAGCUGCUCAGGUGUCCGUUAUGCUAUCUGCAACUUUUUAAGAUUAGGAGAUGGAUAAUAAGCUCUGUGAAUGUACAUUAAUUAGAAACACUACAGUAUGAAACUGUUGAAAUUGGCAACUUUGCUUCGGCAAUUUGGAAUAGCUUUGCACACCUCCUGAUUUCUCGCCUCCACGCGGGCACAGGCGCCGCCAUUUGUCCUCCGCCUAAUGUGCUUAUCCAGAGCGGAUGUGGCCGGAGUCAUUGCCGUGGCACAUGGCACUAGUGACGGACGGAACAAGUGGUGGGCGCAGGCGUGAGGCGCUGGUAACGGCGGAGGGGAUCUUAUGCACUACGGAUGACGGUCGUCUAGGCAUGGUGGAUCUACGUGUGGAUUCUUUAGCCCACAAACACUGGCAUGAUGCCAUGACCUCAGGGCCUGUGGAGCUCAGCAAGCGCAACAUGGGCAAGACACUGCUGUCCAGGACACAGGGCACCAAGAAUUUAAUGUUUCAUGCGCCGAUCAGAGCUGCUUCUCAUAUUGUUAAGGAGCAAGGGAGGUGGAUGCUAUAAAAGAGGAUGGAACUUGGAAACAAGGUCCAAAAAUGGAAGGAAAAUGUUGAUGCGGUAACUAAUGAUUUUACAAUAGUGAGAUCAAAGUAGUAGGUAAUGGCAUAUACCUUAUAAGAAGAGCAUCAAUAAUAAUUAGGCUAUCAUAAUAGUGUUCAUUUUAUUAUUAUUUUUGUAAGUUGGGAAAACUAUAGAUUGAUUAUUGAGGGACAAUGUACAUGUACAUAUAUAGGUGAGGAUACGGCUUAUGGAAAACACAAGCGACCUCCAGUAUCCUUGCCUAAUACAACUCAAUCUACUAGAGUUCCGGACUUGGAGUCCAAUUACAUCUCCACAACCCUAGCCGACCUCUAUACGAGAUCAGGCCAGCUGGGCAUGAACCCAUAAGGCUGAAGCUAAUGAAGCCUAAGGCCCAUAACACAGCCCUGUCUAACAAUUCUGAGGGUACCAAGUAAAGGCGGAUGCGGGCCAUUAUUCGGCAUUCUCUGUCCUUAUCACCCCCAUAGUGAGGGAACCAUGGAAGGUGGACACGCUAAAUUCCAUGGAGGCUACCAGAUUUAUUUAUUUAUUUUAUUGUUUUUCCCCUUUGCACUGAUGUCGUGUAUGUUUUUUGUUCUGCAUGACUUACACCGGAUCUGAAGCCAUGGUGCUCAAAGUUCUUGGUGGCAUGCACAAGAUUGACUAAUGCCAAAAUGAUGUUCAUCUGUUGUGAUUGAAAUCUAUAAUUUUGAUAAAUUCAGCUAAAGAGAUCUAAUGAUCUAUUAGCGUAGGCUGCAUGCAUUACAUGGUAGUUUUGGCUUGGUUUCCACCAUCUCAACGGCAUUGCCAAAGAACAUGCAAGAUGUAAAUGAAUCAGGAGCUCAAGGCCCUAGGUGCUGAUUUGGGUGGUAAAUACUGGAUCCAAACCCUAGAGUUGUGUUAAAAGUGACAAAGCUUUUUUGAUACUCUAUAGAGGAUAUCAUGUCUGUAGGGCAGCGUGAAGCUCUCCAAAUUUUCUAGUAAGUUCAAGGCAACCAAAAUGGUUGCCGUGGUUUCCCUUAGCUUGUGCACAUGUAAUAAUUGUUAUUAGACGUGCGGCGUGAAGCGCGCCAAAUUUUCUAGUUGAAAUAAAGUUCAAAGCAACCAAAAUGGUUGCCGUAGUUUUCCUUAGAUUGCGCACAUGUAAUAAUUGUUAGACAUGCGUCAGAAACUCUGUUCUAUUGUGUGGUCUGAACUCUGAAGGACCUGUAAUUUGCAUUUCUCAGAAGUGGCAUGUACACGCGGUAAGCAUGGUGGAUGCUGUUUUUGGUUUAAGCUUGCCUUUUUUUCUCUCU